AGCCGCCCAACGUUGCGUAAUCACGUGAGAAGGUUACGAAGAUGGUGGAAGUUUCUUUCCUGGAGUAAACUGGAGUGGAACCCGCACAAUAAAGACUACAGUGUCCCCCUGACAACUUGGGCGCACGUUUUUAAUUUAAUCCACUUACAGAUACGGGUAGACCGCUCCAGCCCUGUGUAAUGGCCUGCAGCAAUGCCAAACCAGGCUCUGUCAAUGGCUACCCCCUGAAGGCACAGCUUCAGAUCACUGUCCUCUCAGCCAGACUGAGAGAAAGCAGGAAGAACUGGUUCGGGCCCAGUCCGUACGUGGAGGUCGCUGUGGACGGACAGUCCAAAAAGACCGAGAAAUGCAACAACACCCACAGCCCCAAGUGGAAACAGCCUCUCACUGUAAUCGUCACUCCUUUCAGUAAGCUGGUCUUCCGUGUGUGGAGUCAUCAGACUUUAAAAUCGGACAUUCUGUUAGGAACGGCCACGCUUGAAGUUAGCGAAACGCUGAAAUCCAAUGACAUGAAAAUCUCGGAGGUGGUGCAGACGUUGCAGCUCAGCUCGGACCAGGACCUGACGGACGUGGUGGGAGAUCUGUCCGUCUGUCUGGAUGGCAUGCAGGUGGAUCCAGAAAUGUUUGCCGCCGCAGAGCUCAACAAAGCAAAUGCUGUUCCUAAUGGAGACUCUCGACAGAAUGGUGACCAUAUUCGGAGCAGCAGGGACGCCUCGCCCUCGGUCGACAGCCUGGAGGACAGGCCCACCCCUAACGGCAGAGUGGCCAACAAGACAGCGUCCCCCUCCCUGUCUGCGGGGGGGUCCAGGCCCUUCAGACCCCCACGACCCUCCCGGCCUCCGCCCCCCACCCCUCGCAAGCCCGCCCCCUCACCAGCGGUGUCCUCUAAUGGGCCGGCCCCCAGCAACGGCGACGGGACGACAAGCUCGGAAGCCGCGGCGCGGGUGUCGGCCGCGGGGGCCCCUGAGACGGCCGACGGCCUGGGGCCCCCAGAGCCCGGGGCCGCAGGAGGCAGGCAGGCGGCCGGAGCCGGCCCCGCCACUCCCAGAAUCCCCUCUGUCAACGCCGCCCCAAUGCCCCCUGGGUGGGAGCAGAGGGUGGACCCCAACGGGCGCAUGUAUUUCGUGGAUCACGUAGAGAAGAGGACGACUUGGGAGAGGCCAGAUCCCCUGCCUCCGGGGUGGGAGCGGCGUGUGGAUCCCAUGGGCAGGGUGUACUUUGUGGAUCACAUCAGCAGGAGCACCACGUGGCAGCGCCCCACGGUGGAGUCGGUCAGGAACUACGAGCAGUGGCAGCACCAGCGCGACCAGCUGCAGGGAGCUAUGCAGCAGUUCAACCAGAGGUUCAUCUUCGGGCUUCAAGAUGCGGUUUCUGCAGCACAGAACAAGGAGUUUGAUCCCCUGGGACCUCUGCCACAUGGAUGGGAGAAACGGACGGACAGUAACGGCAGGGUGUACUUCCUGCAUCACCCGACUCGCAGCACGCAGUGGGAGGACCCGCGGACUCAGGGGCUGCUGAAUGAGAAGCCGCUGCCGGAGGGCUGGGAGAUGCGCUUCACGGUGGACGGAAUCCCCUACUUCGUAGACCACAACCGGAAAACCACCACCUACAUCGACCCGCGGACCGGGAAGUCCUCACUGGAAAAUGGCCCACAGAUCACAUACGUGCGAGACUUCAAAGCCAAAGUUCAGUACUUCCGGUUCUGGUGUCAGCAAUUGGCAAUGCCUCAGCACAUUAAGAUCACCGUAACCCGGAAGACUCUGUUUGAAGACUCGUUCCAGCAGAUCAUGAGCUUCAACGCACAGGACCUGCGACGACGACUUUGGAUCAUUUUCCCAGGAGAGGAAGGAUUGGACUACGGGGGUGUGGCCAGGGAGUGGUUCUUCUUGCUCUCACACGAGGUGCUGAACCCUAUGUACUGCCUGUUUGAGUACGCCGGGAAGGACAACUACUGUCUGCAGAUAAACCCCGCCUCCUACAUCAACCCCGACCACCUCAAAUACUUCAAGUUCAUUGGCCGCUUCAUUGCCAUGGCACUGUUCCACGGGAAGUUCAUUGACACGGGGUUCUCCCUCCCCUUCUACAAGCGCAUGCUUAACAAGCCUUUGAGCUUAAACGAUCUGGAGUCCAUCGAUCCUGAGUUCUACAACUCCCUCAUCUGGAUCAAGGAGAACGACAUUGAGGAGUGCGGGCUGGAGAUGUACUUCUCUGUGGACAAGGAGAUCCUGGGGGAGAUCACCACUCACGAGCUCAAGCCGGAUGGAGGGAACGUUCUCGUAACGGAAGAAAACAAAGAGGAGUACAUCAGGCUGGUGGCGGAGUGGAGGCUGUCUCGCGGCGUGGGGGAGCAGACGCAGGCCUUCUUCGAGGGCUUCAACGAGGUCCUGCCCCAGCAGUACCUGCAGUACUUCGACGCAAAGGAACUGGAGGUGAUGCUGUGCGGGAUGCAGGAGAUCGACCUGGGGGACUGGCAGAGGAACACGAUCUACCGCCACUACGCCCGCAGCAGCAAGCAGAUCCUCUGGUUCUGGCAGUUUGUUAAGGAGAUGGACAAUGAGAAGCGGAUGCGACUGCUGCAGUUUGUCACGGGCACCUGCAGACUUCCUGUUGGGGGCUUCGCGGACCUGAUGGGGAGUAACGGGCCACAGAAGUUCUGCAUCGAGAAGGUCGGUAAGGAGAACUGGCUGCCCAGGAGUCACACAUGCUUCAAUCGCCUGGACCUGCCCCCUUACAAGAGCUACGAGCAGCUGAAGGAGAAGCUGAUGUUCGCCGUCGAGGAAACCGAAGGCUUCGGGCAGGAGUGAUCCACCGCGCCCGGCAACAGCAGCAGACCCGAGAGACCCCGUCGCGUUUGAGGUUUCUUGCCAGCGGCGGUCUGACCUUUGACCUUUAGUAUUUGCUUGGGACGCAUUUUCCACGGGGCUUGUGUAGUCCGUCACUGGAGAGGGGAGGUUGUCUCCUCGGUACCCUGCCGCUCCCCCCCUGCCUCCCUACCCCCCUCAGCUAUGCCCCCUGGGAAGGUGAUGGGGGGGGGCCCACUUAGGGGGGUAAAAAAUAAGCACUUUAACAAGAAACCUUUCCGCUUGUGAAUGUGUUGAGUUUUGUUGGUUCGGACUCGAACUCAAAAAGCACAUUCUCCUUUCCUCAGACAGUCCGUUUCCUCAAGCUCAGAACUGACCACAGAAACAGUGCUUUUAUGCAUUUUUCAUACAUUUUGGACAGCCCAGUUUGUGUGAAUUCUGGAAUCCCCGUAUGAGUUUCCUCAUUGGAUGUCUGUAUACUUCCCAUAAUGCCGGGUGUUUAGGCUUUCAUCUGUUUGGGUGAUGGGGAAAUUUGAGGAGUGCCUGUGACACAUUCAGGAAACCGAUGCAACUUCAUAAACAGCAUUUAGGAAUGGUUGGAAAUCAUGCUACACGGAGAUGAUGCUAAGUGAAUUAGCUGAAGAGUGUAGAGAAAGCCAGCUAUGAACCCAGACCUAAAAACACUCUGGAACCAGGCUAAGUGAAUGUACUUACCUAACCUGCGGAUGCACAUUAAAGUCAACUUGUUUUUUUUAACACCACUAAUCGUUAGCAGUCAAGAGACUGAAUGGUGAAUGGCUGGCCAAUCAGAUUCUGCUCCUGACAAAUGUCAUUUUUUAUCAAGCAAAGGUGUUCAAAUUCCAUUCAUCUCAGGUGAUGUCACACGUUGACGGACGGUCAGCAUCUGUCGUGGCUGGACAACGUCUCUGUAAUCAGCCAAUCUUAAUGGCACAACCCUGGAUAAUAGAGCUGUUGAUAAAGGCCUUUGAACCGGUCUACGUCUGGUCUGCGCCUAGGCUUCUAGCCUCGUGUCUGUAUGCACCGUGGUUGUGGUGUGCGUCCCGUUCCUCGUUGAUUAGCCAGCCCACAAAGGUAACGCAGCGUAAAAACCAUGAAAGAGGCGUACGCCGCUGGAUCUAAUUUAAUUUCUGUUGUCGUCUGAGGGAAAACUCCCAGCGGCCAGGACCCUAGUUUUAUAGGACCUUCCUGACUGAUUAUUUUAGCCGUCUCCGCCUGUUUCCUGUGGAGGAAGGGGCGAGAGGGAGUGUGUAGCCUAGUGAAUCAAGUUCUGGGGGGUUUUUUGUCUGUUUUUUUUUUUGAGGCAGCUGAUGCCUGUCCUAGAUAAUGUGAGAGUGAACUUUUGUAUUAAAACUGGAGGGCCGGCGGGCUGGGGGGGUGGGGGGAAUAGUGGCUCUGGUGGGACACUGCACUAAACGGACGCCGCUGUCUUCCUGUGACGUCAGCUAAAAACGGGGCUCCGAUCUUUCACAGCGGGGAGACAGGCCAGUCGAAGGCAAACAGAACUCUAGACAGACCCUUCAGAGUUUAAAGAUAGUAUGUUCAUUUUUUCAUUUAUUAUUUUCCCCAAAUUUUGAGCUUUUUUGUAGUAGUACUGAAAAUCCUCUGUACUUCCUGUAUUGCCGACCAUAUAAGUGUAAAUUUAAGUAUGUUGAAUGGCUAUUCAAUAUACUUAAAACUGGAUAAAAUCAUGAAAAACGAUCUGGUCGCAGAUGUAUUUAUUUUGAAACAUUGAAGAUUGACAUCUUGACAAGCCUGGAGACAUGACCCAGAAGGCUUGUCUGAAAAGCAGGAAAAAGGGUUACUUGCUGUAAUGGGGGAGGUGGCGCAUGGGGGAAUAUUCUGACCUCUGUUUUCAGUGACAUUUCACUUUGGCAUAAACAUGUACUGUAUUUAUUAAAAGCAGCGCUGUUAUUACCCCUGCUAAAUUUAGCUCCUGGCCCAGCACAGCCCAAUAUUAAUUCCCCUCUCUCACAUUGGUGCUUUGGCGAAUGUUUGGGAAAUUUUGUCUAAUAAUUUAAACUCAGAACUAAGAUUAAGGAAUAUUUCAACUACAAAUACUGCCAAUCUUUGAAGAAACCGCCGGUUUAGCGGUAUUUGUAGUGUGCUAUUAAGGGCUCUUUAGCGAUAUGAAAAGCUUUAAAGCACAGUUUGAGUAAACGCAGGCAUAGCCACACAUUUUCCCUGGGACUUUGAUCAAACUCAGCACAUGAAACUUCUCAGAGCAGUUAGCUUUGAACCUGCGUAAGCCUGUUUCCUCACUUUCUGCAAGCUGUCGCGACGGAUAUCAGAAUCACGGGUGCUAACGGUGCAGCCGUGUGAGCAUACGAGAGUUUUCUACGCCUAAAGGAAACUCAUUUGCAUACGGAGCGGUACCUUCGCGCUACAAGAGGUUUCGGUUUUACAAGGGCUAAUUGCACGGAACCUUUGGUCGAUAAAAGAUCUGACACAGAGCGAAGAGCAGCAAGCUUUUACCGCGUUUAGACUGGUAGUUGCGUUACAACGACAGUUGUUUAGCUGCAAUGCGUGCAGUUUUGUGAACCUUUUGCGGUACUACUGAAUAUGGAUCAGACUGCGUCUGUGCACAUAAAGACGUCUUUGUACAGGAGCCCUGUAUAUUAUAUUUCCUUUCAAAUAUUUUUUUUUUUUUUGGUACUACAAUAUCAUGAUUCAGACCUUGACAAAAAAAAGCCGUAUCCUGUGAUUCUCACACAAACCUGAAAAUAGAACAGAAAAAAAAAACAUCCACAUGUACAAUGCUGUGACAUGUCAUUAUCAGCAGUAGGUGGCGCCAUCGUCGUCCUACCACUGUUCAGAACGCAAUGUUCUCUUACCGUCUCGUAUGAAUACAAAGAGCAUUCUGUGUAUACAGGAUCUGAGAAUUGUGUGUACAUGGUAAACAUGUCAUUUAACGGACUUCACAGGCUUUCUCUGUCUGUUUCAGCGGUAUAAGAAACCAGGGGAAGUGUCCUCUACAUUUAAUUUAUGCUGCACUGAAAUGUGCUAACUGUUUCCACAUUUAUUUUUUCAGCCUACAUACCAAGCUACUCUGAUCUAACCUCUUGUAAAUGAACCGCUGUAAAUUAUGUUAAUACAUCCGUUUUAAUCCUUCUGUAAAAAAAAAAACAAAAAAAAACAAAUAAAAGGAAAACUGGGGCUAAUGGUUGACAUACCAUUUAAGAAA